AUGGAGCGUUGGCCUGGUGCGUUCAUUAUUGAGGCUUAUUCUAAGAACACCCGUACCCAAGUGCAAGAUAAAGGUUUUGUAUUCACUUCAAUAUUGGGCAAGUUUAGAGAAACAUUGUCAGCUUUAAAUGUGAAACGGUCUGGUCGUCCAAGGACUGUAACUACUCCAGAUAGUGUUGAAGCUGGACGCGUCGCUAUAAAUCAAAAUCCAAGUGGAUCUGUUCGUAAAAGGAUUGCGAUUGCGUAAAUCAUGU